AUGAUACACCCAUCAGUAAAUCCACAAAUGCAUAACGAAAUGCGAUAUAAUGUACGAAUUGCCGGAUUCCUCUUCGAGAACGACAUUGCAUUGAUUUUACGACAAAUAAAAGUGUUACGUUUGCUGAAGCAAUAUCGCGAAAAACGAAAAAUUAUCUCUGAUCCGAGCUUCUAUUGGAGAAGUUCAUCGAUUGCAUAUCGUUUCGGAAAUGAUGAUAGAGAUUGGCAAGAUAGCAUUCGUAGAGCGCUUCGUUAUUGGGAGAAAGAAACAUGCUUACAUUUUGAAGAAAAUAAACUUGAUGAUGAUUAUUUAUUUUUUAUCAUUGGAAGUGGAUGUUAUUCGAGUGUCGGUAGAUUAGGCGGCAGCCAAACAAUUUCCAUUGGUUAUGACUGUGAAACUCUUGGAAUUAUUUCACAUGAACUUGGCCAUGCAUUGGGAUUCUGGCAUGAACAGGAGAGACCGGAUCGUGAUAAUUAUGUUAAUAUCAAUCUACAAAAUGCACUUAGUGGAACUGAAGGAAAUUUCGAAAAGCGCAAUCCAUCAGAAAUCAUCGCAUUGGGUGUUCCAUAUGAUCUCGGAUCCGUGAUGCAUUAUUCUACUAAUACAUUUGCAAAACGAUUUAUGGACUUUACGGUGGAUCCGAUAGAUGUGAAGUAUCGUUCAACAGUUGGCAACCGUGUAGCGCCAUCAUUCACCGAUUUCAAACAAAUUAAUUUACUUUAUUGUUUUGACAGAUGUCAGACAACAAAUUUACAUUGUCGCAAUGGUGGCUAUCCGGAUCCAAACAAUUGUAGUACUUGCAAAUGUCCUGAAGGCCUUGGUGGUCAAAAAUGCAUUGAUUUACAAUAUUCUUCAUGUGGUUAUGAACAACAAGCCAGUAACGAAUGGCAAACAUUGGAAUAUUUUGGCUCAUCCAAUUGCUAUUGGAGAAUUUCCUCGCCAAGUGGUCGUAUCCGUUUUGAGCUUACGGAAGCGCACUACAAAUGUGAUCCGACAUGUGAGGAAUAUGUGGAAGUGAAGCAUAAACUUGAUUUGCAAAUUUCCGGAUUUCGUUCUUGUUGUCUACCAGUUAUAGGUGAAAUUCUUUCUGAGGGCGAAGUGCUAAUUGUCAUUUCACGCGCUUCUAGAACUUCACAUUUUGUUCUACGAUUUAUUAAUGAUCGGCCAACAAUAUUACAAUCAUUGACACCAAUCUAUUCAACGACACCUCAGUUGAAAAUUAAUUCCACUCACCGAUUUCAGUAUCCAAUAAAACGAAUUUUAAAUCAACCAAAAACAUAUAGAAAAUUUCGUAAUUGCAAAUGUAUAAUAAGAUAUCGAAGACGAAAUAAGUCACAGUUAAAUUCAAAUCGUUCUGUGCAACGCUUUAUAAAAGCACAGCCUUUUAUAAAAUCUUCUAAAUACGGAAGGUUUUAA